AUGACCAAGUCCCAGGGCUCACUGUCAUUCAAAGAUGUGGCUGUGGUCUUCACCUGGGAGGAGUGGCAGCUACUGGACCCUGUUCAGAAGAACUUCUACAAAGAUGUCAUGUUGGAGAAUUAUAGCAACCUAGUAUCAGUGGGGUAUGAAGUUCCCAAAGCAGAUACAGUCUUCCAGUUGGAGCAAGGAAAACCAUGGAUAGUAGAGGAAGAAAUCCAGAGUCAAGUUCAUCCAGGUAAGUAAGUGAAAAACGAAACCUAUGGCAGAAAUGGGAGUAAAAACACAGUUGGUCAGU